AUGACCCGCCGCCAGCGCACGCUCAUACAGAUCGCGACCUUCCUCAAACGCGAGCUGCCAGUGCGGCUGGCGCGGAGAGUGAUUGAGCUAAAGCAGCUCCCCGAGGGACUCGACGCGAUGCCUUCGGUCAUUCGGGUGAGGGAGUGGUACGAGCAGUCCUUCGUCGAGAUCCGCCGCUCCAAGAAGCCGGUCGACGCCGAGGGCGAGGCUGAGUUUUGCGAGCUGCUACACAACAUCUACCAGCGGCACGCGCCGACGCUGGUGACGAUGGCGCGUGGAGUGCACGAGCUGCGCCAGAAGCUCCGGGCGGAGCGGGGCGAGAAGUACGACUUGUCCGACGCCGCGCCGAUCCACGGCUUCCUCGACUCCUUCUACAUGUCGCGCAUCGGCAUCCGCAUCUUGAUAGGGCAGUAUUUGGAGCUGCACCACGAGACGCAGCCGGAGGGGUACGUCGGCCUCAUCAACCGGUCGACCUCGCCUGCUUUCAUCGCCGAGCAGGCGAUGGCGGAUGCGACGUACUUGUGCGAGCGCACGCACGGCGAUGCGCCGGAGGUGCUGAUUGAGGGCGCUACCGGCUGCACCUUCACCUACAUCCCCUCGCACCUCUACUACUGCCUCUUCGAGCUGCUCAAGAACUCGCUGCGCGCAGUGUGCGAGACGCACGGCGUCGACGGCGAGAUGCCUCCGAUCAAGGUGGUCAUCGCGUCGGGGGAGCAGAACGAGGACGUCGUCAUCAAGGUCUCCGACGAGGGCGGCGGCAUCCCGCGCUCGCACAUGCCGCGCAUCUUUUCCUACCUCUUCACCACCGCCACGCCCGCCUUCGACUCUGGCUCGUCCAUCUUCUCGUCGGCCGGCGACCACGGCACUGACUCCCCCCUUGCCGGGCUCGGGUAUGGCCUGCCCAUCUCGAGGACGUACGCGCGCUACUUUGGCGGAGACCUCAACAUCAUGUCGAUGGAGGGGUACGGCACCGACGCAUUCCUCCACCUCUCGCGCCUCGGAAACCGGUCCGAGCCGCUGCCGUGA